UUUACAAACCAUUUUUAUAAAACGAUUUUUAUCAGCAAGGAUUCGAUCUGAGAAUCUGUAAAAAAUGGCUGUCUUUGAAAUUCUUUGUGGAUUUAUCAUAUUUAUUCUCGUCUUUUAUCAUUAUCUAUUGAAACCUCAAGAAUAUUGGAAAAAUCUUGGGGUACCUGGACCCAAGCCAAUACCAGUUUUUGGCAACUUUUUCCGUUUGACAAUCGCAACUAUGUCAAUAGGUGAUUUGAUGACAAAGUUUUAUAAAGAAUAUAAACACGAGCCUGUAUUUGGAUUAUAUAUACGAAACGUGCGUGUUCUGGCUAUAAAUGAUCCUGAUUUAAUCAAGACUGUUCUUAUAAAGGAUUUCUCAAAAUUCGCCCAUCGUGGUCUUGCUCUGAACGAGGUGAUGGAACCACUUUCUCAACACCUGUUCGUUCUGGAACCACGAAGAUGGCGGCCAUUAAGGACGAGAUUGUCCCCGAUAUUUACAUCGGGCAAACUGAAGGACAUGUUCUCCCUGAUUAUCGAGUGUUCUAAUACUCUGGAAAAAUAUGUUGAACACCUGAUAUCGAAAAACGAUCGUGUCGAAAUACGAGAAUUGGCUGCCAAAUUCACCACUGACGUAAUUGGCAGUUGCGGGUUUGGAGUCGAUAUGAACGCUAUGUCGGACGUUCAAUGUAAAUUCCGCGACAUAGGAAGGGAAUUUUUCGGUCCAAGCUUUAAGCAGAUAUUAAAGAUCAGACUUAGGGAAAAUUUACCAAGAUUGUACACGUUUUUGGGUCACAUAUUGCCACGAGAUGAAACUACUACUUUCUUCACGGACGUUGUUUUGGAUAUGUUAAAGCAUAGGAGGAAAAACAAUAUCUAUAGGCCGGACUUUAUCAAUACUCUUAUGAAUAUUCAGGAUCAUCCUGAAAAGUUAGACAUAGAAUUAACGGAACCUUUGCUAGUUGCACAAGCAUUCCUUUUCUUCGUGGCUGGCUUCGAAACCUCCUCGUUAACUAUAGCUACUGCCCUUUACGAGCUAGCGCAAAAUCAAGAUAUUCAAGAUAAAUUAAGAGACGAGAUUAGAGAACAUCACAAAUUGAACAAUGGAGAAUGGCAAUACGAAAAUAUUAAAAGCAUGCCCUGUUUAGAUGCUGUGUUCAAAGAGACUUUAAGAAAAUACGUACCUCUAACAGUUCUAAUGAGACAAAGUUUGGAAGAUUAUACUUUUGAAAAUAUAAAUUUAACGAUUCCAAAGAAUACGAGAAUCUUUAUUCCUAUAUACGCUAUACAUCGUGACCCUGAUAUCUAUCCAAAUCCUGAAGUGUUUGAUAUUAAUCGAUUCAGCAAGGAAGCAGAAGCGACGAGACAUCCUAUGCAUUAUUUACCUUUUGGCGAUGGUCCAAGAAAUUGUAUUGGUGCGCGUUUUGCAAUUUUCCAAACCAAAAUUGGACUGAUAAAAAUUCUUCGUACUUACAAAGUUGACGUUUGCAAUGAAACACAGAUUCCAUUCAUAAACGAACCACGCACGUUUACUCUAGCUCCCAAACAUGAUCUUAUUUUAAAAAUUACGAAAAUAGAAAACAAAAUGUUCAUCAAUCUGGAAACACUUUGUGGAUUCGUAAUAGUGUUUAUUACGUUUUAUUAUUAUUUAACGUCUAAUAACAAUUUCUGGAAAAAUCGUGGCAUACCUGGACCAAAACCCAUCAUCGGUUUCGGAAAUAUGCGGACAGUAAUGUUUGGGAAGGAAUCGUUUUCACAAUUUCUUACCACGGUAUACAAUGAAUAUAAGGACGAAUCGAUGAUUGGAAUAUUUUUUAGAAGAAGACCCGUCCUGCUCCUCAAAGAUUUUGAUCUCAUCAAAGAUGUUAUGAUUAAAGAUUUUUCCAAAUUCGCGAAUCGAGGAUUUUUGAAAACGAAUCCAAAAGUUCCAUUGACAAACCAUCUCUUCGCUCUGGAAGUAAAAAGAUGGCGGCCACUGAGGAGCCAUCUCUCUCCUGUAUUUACAUCGGGUAAACUGAAAGGAACAUUCGCUCAAAUUCUUAACUGUUCCAAUGAUCUUGUGACUUACAUGGACACGUUGUUGAAGAUAGAAGAGUCCAUAAAUGUGCGUGAAGUUGCCGCAAAAUUCACCACCGACGUAAUCGGAAGCUGCGUCUUUGGGAUCAAGAUGAAUUCAUUGUCGGAAAAAGAGAGUGAAUUCCGUCGAAUUGGUAGAAACAUUUUUGCCACUAAUUUUACAAAUAUAUUGAAGGUCAGGUUGCUGCAAAGCAUGCCGCUCCUGCAUUCCUUGCUCUGUAAUAUAUUGUCUAACGAGGAAACGGAAAUGUUUAUGAGAAUUACCAAGGAGACAAUAGAAUAUAGAGAGAAGAACAACAUUGUCAGACCUGAUUUUAUGAACAUACUUUUGGAACUUAAGAAACAUCCCGAAAGGAUUACUGAUUUUGAAUUAACAGAUGAUUUGUUAGCCGCGCAAGCAUAUAUUUUCUUUGCGGCUGGUUUCGAGACCUCUUCGACGACAAUAUCCAAUGCUCUAUACGAGUUAGCUUUGAAUCACGAUAUGCAAGACAAAUUGCGAAAAGAAAUUAAGGAAUUCGAGGCGAAGAAUAACGGAGAGUGGAGGUAUGAAACCAUUAAGGAGAUGCAAUACCUGGGAAAAAUAUUUCAAGAAACGCUAAGAAAGUAUCCAGCAUUGCCAUUUUUGAGCAGGGAAUUAAUCAUCAACGAUUAUACGUUUCAGAAUACUAAAUUAACGAUUUCGAAAGGUACAUUGGUCUGGAUACCCGUUUUUCCCAUUCAUCACGAUCCAAAUAUUUAUCCAGACCCAGAAAAGUUUGAUCCUGAACGAUUUACCGAGGAUAAGAUAAAAGAAAGGAAUCUCAUGCACUACUUUCCUUUUGGCCACGGACCAAGAAAUUGUAUAGGUGCACGUUUUGCAAUCUAUCAAACAAAAAUUGGUCUGAUAAAAAUCCUCCGUAAUUACAAGGUUGACGUUUGCUCUAAAACAUUAAUUCCUUACAAAUAUGAUCCAUUUUCGUUCAUCUUAGUACCGUUAGGUGGUUUAUAUUUGAAAAUGACCAAGAUACAAGAUUAAAUAUUUACUACUAUUAAGUAUUUCCAUUUAAUUGUGCGCGUAAUUUAAUUGUACUUAGGAAAAAAUUGCAUGGUAUUUAAUUAAAUUGUAUAUAAAUA